AGAAGUUAGCUUCCGUUAGCUGGUCAAUUUUAGCUCACGGAAAGCUGUAGAAGUUUGUGCGUAAUUACUGUUUUUAAAAAACAAAUUCAAAUGUAAUAUAUUAUUUCAAAACCAAAUCAUUAUCAUGGCUUCAUUUGGCUGGAAGAGGAAAGUUGGUGAGAAGGUUUCAAAGACAGCUGUGCAGCAGUUUGUGGCUGAAGCAGAGAAGCCAGAAGAUGCUGGAUCCAGGAAAGACGAGGAGGUGGACUGGCUGCACGCCAUCAAAAGACGGAAGGAAAUCCUGCUGGAAGACUGUGCAGCCAAGAGCAAGAGGCUGAAGGAUGAAGGUGCAGAGCUGGCUGAGCACGGCAGGCACUGGGAGGCCAUUAAGAAGUUGGACGAGGCGAUUGAGCUGACUGCAGACAACCCGCUCCUGUAUGAGAUGAAGUCUCAGGUGCUGACCAUCCUACAGGAGGUGUUCCCUGCAGUGAAGGCAGCAGAGAUGGCCGUGAAGUUGCGCCCCCUGUGGUGGGAGGGCUGGCAGACUCUGGGCCGAGCUCAGCUCAACCUGGGAGAAGUCGACCUAGCCGUGAGGUCCUUCCAGGUGGCGAUCCACCUCUGCCCAUCUGAGCGCUCCCUGUGGCAGGAGGACCUGGAGUGGGCAUGGAGGUUACAGAAGCAGGAGUUGGCAACAAAAGAGAAGACCCGGCAAGAAGAGGAGACCAAAAACCAGAUCAUUAAUGCCCCAGAGCUGCAGCAGGACUUUGAUUUUGAGUCGGAUGAGGUGCUGGCCGCCUGCGUGGCUGUUGCUGAGCGGCAGACGCGCUACGAGGAGCUAAAGAGGACCACCGUGGUCAUGGACGCUGAGGGGAAUUUAAAAAAUGUUCUCAUUGGGGAAGGGGGAUCAGAGGAGCCAUCAACGGACACGUUUGUCAAAGCAAGAGGACUUUGAUUUGGUUCCAGCCGAAACGAUUGUCCUGGUAGAAUGAAAAAAUUGGACUGAACGCUAUUAUUUGUGUAAAUUUAAAAAUAAGAAACAAUUCAGAAGAAAAUAUGUGAACUGACAAAGUCUGGUUAUAGGUCUUCAUGCAACAGACUUAAAAAGUAUUACUGUUUUUGUAUAAUUUCAAUCCCUUUUGUGUGAUUGUGUUAAUGUGCAUGUAGACAUUUUACAUGUUUUGAAGCGAUGAACGCACAUCCUAGUUCUGUGUGUUUCCUCUGGAUAACACAAUUACUCAUUUAGCUAACAGCUUAUGUACACUAGGCUUACAUUAGCUUCUGAAACAGGAGACUUCCGCUUGGUUUAAACGCCUAUUUGCAAUUUGGGAUUAUUUAUCAAAUGUUACACAAUUUCUCCAGUCAAAAGCUCCAGUCAACACAUUUCCUUGUAGCUAAAGCAGUGAAAGGCUUUAAUGGAAAAAUAGAAAAAAGAAGAUUGAUUAAUCUCUCCAAAUACAUAUUCCACAGAAUUAAGGCAUAUCAACACAAAUCCAAACCAAGAAAAACAGGUGGUUUAACAGAGUACAAUGGUUCCUAUGUUAGUAGUUUUUUAAGGCUCUAAAUGUAAAUGACUUGCGAUAUUUUGUUGUGUUUGUUUGUAAGGCUCUGCUUAUUGUCAAGAAGUGUAUAAACCUGAAUAAAAAGGUAGAAUAGUU